UUGGGAAUUCCUUCAGCACGCCAAACUGAUCCCUUCUUCUCCGCCCGUCGGCAGUUGCAGUUUCAGUGGCUCCGGCGUCGUCCUCAAGGUCAACACCACUGGUUCAUUGCUGCUUCUGCUGUGGUCUCGCUUCCCGGCAAAGGCAACCAAUCGGCGUGCGUGCCAUCCGGCAAGCUCCAUGGACGGGGAUAGCAUGAUUCCUUGGCCACCGCUGCCGCUGGAGCCGGGGAUCUACGGCGGCGGAGAGUUAGUUUCCUCUUACUCAUUUGGUACAAACAAAUCCCUUGAUGCUGGUUUCUUUAGUUAUGGAAGUAGCCUGAUGCUCCCCAACAUUCAAGAACCCCGUACCAACGACCAUCCGGUGAGAUCACAUUUCUAUCAGAGCUGGGCAUAUAACGAUACUGGCGUAUUCUUCAGAAGGGUGCAUGACAAUCACAGUUCCAGGAGGGAAUCAUUUCGUAGCCGUAGCAAUAGGAGAACUCGGAGGCACAAAAGACCACACCGUGUCAUCUUUCGUGGGCACAGAAAAUUGCUGCGCGACCAUGGAAGCUCUACGACGAAGCAAACCCCGGUUCGUCACCGUCGCCGACGGGUCCUGCUUGUCGUGGACGGAACGGCGGCCACGACAAGAAUUGCGGUUGGUCUGGCUCUGUUUGGCCUGCUUUGCACGGUUGCAGGGCUCGUGCUCUGGUGCUUGCGUAAGAAUUCGGAAGAUGAGGAGGAGGCCAUCAUCCAGCAGACUGAACUCUGCCCCUCGUCGGGGCCUAGACGGUACAGCUACCGUGAGCUAGCCGCCGCGACGGGCAGGUUCGCGGAGGAGGAAAGGAUUGGCAGAGGAGGGUUCGGGCCCGUGUACCGUGGCUUCCUGGCUGACCAGGACCGCCGCGUGGCCAUCAAGGUGAUGAUGAUGUCGCAGGGGUCGCCUGCGCAGGCGCAGGGGAUGAGGGAGUUCCAGGCCGAGGUGACGGUCAUGACGAGGCUGAGGCACCGGAACAUUGUCCAGCUGCUCGGCUGGUGCGAUGGUCCGAAAGCCCUCAUGCUUGUCUACGAGUUCCUGCCCAACGGCAGCCUCGACAAGCACCUCCACGACCCAGAGAGCCUACUAACUUGGUCGGACAGGUACAAUAUUGCUCUCGGUGUGGGCUCGGCCUUACUGUACCUCCACACGGAGUGCGAGCAGUGCGUCCUGCACGGGGACAUCAAGCCCGCCUACAUCUUGCUGGACGCUUCCCGCAACGCCAAGCUCGGGGACUUCGGCUUGGCGAGGCUCGUCGACCACGGAGCUGACUCGCGCACAACCCAGGUCGUCGCCGGAACGCCCGGCUACAUUGAUCCGGAGCUCGUCGGCAGUCAAAGGCCGUGCUUGCAGUCCGACAUCUUCAGCUUCGGUGUCGUCCUUCUGGAGAUCGCCUGCGGCCGGCGGCCGGCCACACGAUCGAACGGAGCUCCUCCGCCGCUGCUGAAUUGGGUCCGUCACAUGCACAACAGGGAUUCCAUUCUCGCAGCGGCAGAUCGGCGGCUGGAUGGCGAGUUCGACGGCCAGCAGAUGAGGCGAGUGCUCGUCGCGGGCCUCUGGUGCGCGCAUCACGACCAGAGCCAGCGACCGUCGAUCGCGCAGGCCAUGGAUCUCCUGCGACGUGAAGAUGCCGAGCUACCGGUCCUUGAUCCAGUGAUGCAUACUAGUCCGGAAGCAGUUCGCUGCCUGGAAGAAAUAGCUUACGGUGACUUGUCAUCAGCAGAGGACUCUGCUUUUCAGAAUUCUUCUACUACUCACACUGCAUACCACACUUCCACGGAUUCCAGUUGUCUUCUAGAGUGAAAAAUAAAAGAAGUUCAUGCAGAGGGCAGAGGGAUUAGGCAGGGUGUCUUCCCUUUAGCGGUAUUGAUGUGGUACUUUUGGCUCAGCAAAUAUACAGCCUUUGUGUUGUGCUGUAUUGUACAUACAGUAGUCGUUUAGCACACCAGUAAUAUUUUACUUCCUUCUCACACGAGUUACGCGCUUGUUCCAACUGUCCCCGCUCACUAUCCCUUAGGCCAGUCUCAGUGGGAGUGUCAUCGACACAGUUAUCUAGACUGGAAUCUUAAGAAUUAUGCCAGUGAAGUGUCAUGGUGAUGACACUCCUCUCACAUUUCAUGACACUCAUAUUUUCUCUCUCCUCAUACUAUUAGC